CGUCAAAAAACAAAGGGCUGCUCUCCAUUUUCUCGCCCCAUACCAACACCUAAAAGCUUCUGUAAAUGGUCUCUCCAAACCCUAUUACCAGAUGCCAUUCCUGUCGUCGCAGCCGACUGCGCUGCGACGGGGUGCAGCCAACCUGCCUAAAGUGUACAUCUCGCGGUGUGGAAUGCCUUGGAUACGGAACCCAAGCACUUCUUUGGGUGCAGAGCAAUGCUUCAAUACCUUUAAAGAGAGGUCGUCCGAAACUAGUACUCUCAUCAAGCUGUAUUCAAGGUCCAGCGCAAGCAAAGGAAGACCAAAGAAACCAUAGUCAAUUAUGGAAUGCGCAAGUGGAUCUACAACAGGACAGAACAACCGAGGCUGUAAGAUCACCGCCGCAAGUUCCAUUGUUUCCUAUGCCAGCUGGCUAUUCCGAUGCCUAUCGAGUUUUUGAUGUUUUGAUGUACUUCAAUUCUAGUAUUUCUUCUGACAUGAUAGUCUUUGAUUCUACCCCAAAUCCUUAUCACAUCAACCUUGAGAUAUGGCAGUAUCUUCCUUCCAUCGUGAUGGAUUUUUUAUCUGCCGUCGUAGCUACUCACCGGGUUAUCCGUUCACAAACCUGCGAUGUUCUCUCAGCCCAUGCGUCAGCUGUUCAAGGCCAUACUGUGGAUAGAAGAAGUCGUGGCUUGGACGCUUUUGCGCAUCCUCUUAAAAAGUCUGUCUAUGGGCAUCAUCGACAAGUAAUACAGGGUCUUAGAGCUCUCAUUGAUGAUGGUGCCCUUCAAUCCUCUACUGAUGAUAUCUUCGGACUCAUUUCUAGCCUCAUGACUCUCGAAAUUCAACAAUCUGCGUAUGGUCCUUGGAUUGUUCAUCUUGAGGCAAUGAGGACCAUCAUUUCGCAACGAGGUGGUUUUAGGAAUGUGGCUAGAGAGCAGUACCUGCCCAGCCACGCGUUACAUUUGUUUAUGCUUGUAGAUAUAAUGAGCUGUGUCACAAAAACGAGCUCGGCUCUUAGCUCUCUAGUGGCACCUCAAAUGGUUUUCCUCGAAUAUAUCUCUCAUAUACAUCGUGAUGGCGUAGAUGUCGGGUUUCCAUGUCCCAAUGAACUACUUGAGGCGGUAGUAAGAAUCAAUUAUCUACGGUCUUCGAUUGCCAACAUUUUCGACAACCAACAUAGUGCGACUGAUUCCCAGAUUCUGGAACUGUUUGAACGGAUAAUUUCCUUUUCGCCCACUAAUUGGGUGCGGGAUCGGAAGGGGAAGAUGGUAUCUCCAGGCUUUGAUUUGGUCAAUUCUCCAGCAACAAAUUAUAAUAAUUUCACAGCAGCGGAAUCUCCGUGGAGUGACUCGCUUGCUCUUGUCUCCACUUUCAAGAUGGCCGUAUUGCUUUACUUCAUGAGAACGCUAAUCAUCGACCGCGAUAGACCGACUAGUUUGUCUCUGGGCAACGGUCUAUCAGUCGACAUCAACUCAAUACGAUCUACGGCAAGCGAUUCAUUGUUGACAUACUUGCAUCAGUUACUCCGCCCAGAUUCACCCCGGGGUGGGCGAUGGCUUGGAAAAUUCCUAUUUUGGCCGCUUUUUAUAGCCGGGAUGGAGUGUCACUAUUCAAGCUCCAUGUCAAUGGCUGUCGCACGAAAGUUCAUUGCGGACUCACUUUGUCAACUGUCCCAAUAUCAGGGUGAUCUGAGCAUGCUUGACGCCGCGUCAUUCUUACAACACAUCUGGAGAAUACAGUCCGGUCCUGAUAAUCACCUGUGUGUUGAUGGUAUGAUUUACGAGGCUUACAAAACUGAUGCUACACUCGAAAAUCCGAGUUGCGGAACUCUGCCAAGCGGACUGAUCUCAUGGGAUGAGAGAGUAGUACGGCUUGGAGCCCAUUCACUCUUUAUGCUUUAAAAGUAGUUUUACAUGAUUCAUCAAAUUUCAACCGAUCUAUCGGACAUGUAUAUCUUAUGAAACGAUACCAAUUAGCGAACCAGCCUUGUUGCCA